AGUAGCGAUUACUGUGUUGACACCACUUCCACUCUGUCUCCCCAGAUCAGCGCUUCUGACGAGCCCAUUUGCACGGGGACUCGGCCCUCUAUUUUUCUGGCGAGGCUUUUGAACCUGUCGCCAAGCCAGUACCUCAGAGAGAAGGAAAUGCAGAGGGACGAAAAAGAUGCAUGGCGCCUGUCCCCAGUUAGAUGCUCUUCAAAUAAUCUGCAACCAAGUUCGCUGAUAAAAUAUUUAAUAAAGACCCGGUAAACAUCACUGCAAAUACAUUAAGGCGUUUCAGCCCGACAGCUUAUGAUUAUUUCAAAACUUAAAAAGGAGAUCAUAGAUUGCCACUGUUUCUGUGCUCAACCAAGAAACCGAGCCUUCCUGAGGUGGGUGGAUUGGUGGGUGAGUUGCUGCUUUUCGCCCCCUCUUCUCCCCCCUCCUGCUUAUCGCUGUGGUUCUCAGCAGCAGGGAUUUAUUUAUUUAUGUUUGCAGUUUAAAAGGUGGGGGCGGGGCCGCCGAGGACAGGUAGGACCUGCUCACAAAGCACCAGCUCAGGUGUCGUGUGCUUUUGUAUUAGCUGGAAAAGACAGACUCUGGAACUUUUACAGGGCGAGAAGAGGCCACCGGCUCGCGCUUUGUAUACUUUGCACUUGAAAUCGUUACAUUCAACUGAAUAUUUGGCUCAUUCAGAUCCGAAAAGUCUCCUAGCAUCGUCGAAUUCCCUCCUCCGCCCCUCCGCUCUAAAGGGGGAAAGGGGGGGAAGGUAGGAAAUGUUUAGUAAAUUGCACAUCUUUGAAUCUUCCUAAAGCAGUGGUCACAAAGCUUAAAGGUGACACAACAGUGCUCACGUAAACCAACACACAUUCCCCACCCCCCAAGCCAACAAUAAAAUCAUCCCCUUCAAUUUGCCAUGAUCGUCGCUACCAGGAGCCAGGUGAUUAUCCUAAUUAAUGUCUAUCUAAUUAAAUUACUGUCAGCAGUUAACCAAUGGCAAGAGCCGUUUCAUCGGCUGCACAAGCAGCAAGAUCAAAAGUGAGCCUUUUCUGAUUGCUGCAUAGUGUCAAUUGGCCAAUCUCUUCUCCCAGGGAAAAAAAAAAGUAAAUCAAACCUUUGAGAAGCAUUUGCUGGUUGAAGUGCUUUCUGUCUAGUGAGGGGGUCUGUGGAUUUCUAGUUUAUGAUAAAUAGGACUUUAAAAACCAGGGACGGGAGGGCGAGUGUUCAGGUUCUAGAGCUAUGCAGCUGGAGCACUGCCUUUCUCCUUCUAUCAUGCUCUCCAAGAAAUUUCUCAAUGUGAGCAGCAGCUACCCACAUUCAGGCGGAUCCGAGCUUGUCUUGCACGAUCAUCCCAUUAUCUCGACCACUGACAACCUGGAGAGAAGUUCACCUUUGAAAAAAAUUACCAGGGGGAUGACGAAUCAGUCAGAUACAGACAAUUUUCCUGACUCCAAGGACUCACCAGGGGACGUCCAGAGAAGUAAACUCUCUCCUGUCUUGGACGGGGUCUCUGAGCUUCGUCACAGUUUCGAUGGCUCUGCUGCAGAUCGCUACCUCCUCUCUCAGUCCAGCCAGCCACAGUCUGCGGCCACUGCUCCCAGUGCCAUGUUCCCGUACCCCGGCCAGCACGGACCGGCGCACCCCGCCUUCUCCAUCGGCAGCCCCAGCCGCUACAUGGCCCACCACCCGGUCAUCACCAACGGAGCCUACAACAGCCUCCUGUCCAACUCCUCACCGCAGGGAUACCCCACGGCCGGCUACCCCUACCCACAGCAGUACGGCCACUCCUACCAAGGAGCUCCGUUCUACCAGUUCUCCUCCACCCAGCCGGGGCUGGUGCCGGGCAAAGCACAGGUGUACCUGUGCAACAGGCCCCUUUGGCUGAAAUUUCACCGGCACCAAACGGAGAUGAUCAUCACCAAACAGGGAAGGCGCAUGUUUCCUUUUUUAAGUUUUAACAUUUCUGGUCUCGAUCCCACGGCUCAUUACAAUAUUUUUGUGGAUGUGAUUUUGGCGGAUCCCAAUCACUGGAGGUUUCAAGGAGGCAAAUGGGUUCCUUGCGGCAAAGCGGACACCAAUGUGCAAGGAAAUCGGGUCUAUAUGCAUCCGGAUUCCCCCAACACUGGGGCUCACUGGAUGCGCCAAGAAAUCUCUUUUGGAAAAUUAAAACUUACGAACAACAAAGGAGCUUCAAAUAACAAUGGGCAGAUGGUGGUUUUACAGUCCUUACACAAGUACCAGCCCCGCCUGCAUGUGGUGGAAGUGAACGAGGACGGCACGGAGGACACCAGCCAGCCUGGCCGCGUGCAGACAUUCACUUUCCCAGAGACUCAGUUCAUCGCUGUCACCGCCUACCAGAACACCGAUAUUACACAACUGAAAAUAGAUCACAACCCCUUUGCAAAAGGAUUUCGGGAUAACUAUGACACGAUCUACACCGGCUGCGACAUGGACCGUCUGACCCCCUCGCCCAACGACUCGCCGCGCUCGCAGAUCGUGCCCGGGGCCCGCUACGCCAUGGCCGGCUCUUUCCUGCAGGACCAGUUCGUGAGCAACUACGCCAAGGCCCGUUUCCACCCGGGCGCGGGCGCGGGUCCCGGGCCGGGUAGUGACCGCAGCGUGCCGCACACCAACGGGCUGCUGUCGCCUCAGCAGGCCGAGGACCCGGGCGCACCCUCGCCGCAGCGCUGGUUUGUGACGCCGGCCAACAACCGGCUGGACUUCGCGGCCUCGGCCUACGACACGGCCACGGACUUCGCGGGCAACGCGGCCACGCUGCUCUCGUACGCCGCGGCGGGCGUGAAGGCGCUGCCUCUGCAGGCUGCAGGCUGCACCGGCCGCCCCCUCGGCUACUACGCCGACCCGUCGGGCUGGGGCGCGCGCAGCCCCCCGCAGUACUGCGGCACCAAGUCGGGCUCCGUGCUGCCCUGCUGGCCUAACAGCGCCGCGGCCGCCGCGCGCAUGGCCGGCGCCAACCCCUACCUAGGCGAGGAGGCCGAGGGCCUGGCCGCCGAGCGCUCCCCGCUGCCUCCCGGCGCCGCCGAGGACGCCAAGCCCAAGGACCUGUCCGAUUCCAGCUGGAUCGAGACGCCCUCCUCGAUCAAGUCCAUCGACUCGAGCGACUCGGGGAUUUACGAGCAGGCCAAGCGGAGGCGGAUCUCGCCGGCCGACACGCCCGUGUCCGAGAGCUCGUCCCCGCUCAAGAGCGAGGUGCUGGCUCAGCGGGACUGCGAGAAGAACUGCGCCAAGGACAUUAGCGGCUACUACGGCUUCUACUCGCACAGCUAGGCCGCCCCUGCUUGCCCCGGCCCAGCCGAGGCCCGGACCCCCAGCCAGCCCCUCACAGCUCUUCCCCAGCUCCGCCUCCCCACACUCCUCCUUGCGCACCCCCUCAUUUUAUUUGACCCUCGAUGGCCGUCUGCAGCGAAUAAGUGCAGGUCUCCGAGCGUGAUUUUAACCUUUUUUGCACAGCCGUCUCUGCAAUUAGCGCACCGACCUUCAACUUUGCUGUAAACCUUUUGGUUUUCCUACUUGCUCUCCUUAUGUGGAGUUAUCCUCCUACAAUCCUCUUCCCCUCGUCUUUUUCUCACCUCCUCCUCUUUCUUGUAAUGAAACUCUUCACCUUUAGGAAACCUGGGCAGUCCUGUCAGGCAGCAGCGAUUCCGACCCGCCAAGUCUCGGCCUCCCCAUUAACCAUAGGAUGUUGACUCUAGAACCUGGACCCACCCAGCGCGUCCUUUCUUAUCCCCGAGUGGAUGGAGUUGGAUGGAUGGUAGGGAUGUUAAUAAUUUUAGUGGAACAAAGCCUGUGAAAUGAUUGUACAUAGUGUUAAUUUAUUGUAACGAAUGGCUAGUUUUUAUUCUCGUCAAGGCACAAAACCAGUUCAUGCUUAACCUUUUUUUUUUCCUUUCCUUUCUUUGCUUUUCUUUCUUUUCUCAUACUUUCUCUUCUCUCUCUCUCUUUUAAUUUUCUUGUGAGAUAAUAAUAUUCUAAGAGGCUCUAGAAACAUGAAAUACUCAAUAGUGAUGGGUUUCUCACUUUUCAAUCCGUUGCAUGAAAUAAUUACUAUGUGCCCUAAUGCACACAAAUAGCUAAGGAGAAUCCACCCAAACACCUUUAAAGGAUAGGUGUCUGUUCAUAGGCAAGUCGAUUAAGUGGCAUGAUGCCUGCAAAGCAAAGUCAACUGGAGUUGUAUGUUUCCCCCCACCUUCCUUCUAAAUAGAAUAGCUCGACAUCAGCAAUAUUAUUUUGCCUUAUUUGUUUUUCCCCAAAGUGCCAAAUCCAUUACUGGUCUGUGCAGGUGCCAAAUAUGCUGACAAACUGUUUCUGAAUAUCUUUCAGUACCCUCUCCACCUUUAUAUGCUGUAAAUCUUUGUAAUGAAUACUCUAUUAAUGAUAUAGAUGACUGAAUUGUUGGUAACUAUAGUGUAGUCUAGUGAAGAUGAAUUGUGUGAGUUGUAUAUUUUACUGCAUUUUAGUUUUGAAAAUGACUUCCCCACCACCUAGAAACAGCUGAAAUUUGACUUCCUUGGGAGAACACUAGCGUUAAUGCAAGUAAGACUGAUUUUCCCCUAAGUCUUGUUAUAUUUGAUAAGGAGCAUUAAUCCCCCUGGAAAUAGAUUAGUAGGAUUUCUAAUGUUGUGUAGCAAACCUAUACUUUUUUGUAUUUAAAAAUUAAUGUGAAAUAUGCAUCAUACACAAUAUUCAAUCUAGAUUCCAGUCCAUGGGGGGAUUUUUCCUAAUAGGAAUUCAGGGUCUAAACGUGUGUAUAUUUUGGCUCUUCUGUAAAUCUAAUGUUGUGAUUUUUAUAUUUGUUUCGUUUUGUCUGUGAACUGAAUAAUUUAUACAAGUACACAUUCCAUUGAGAAACGUUUUGUUUUUUGCUCGUUUGUAUCGUCUGUGUAUAACAAGUAAAAUAAACCUGGUAAAAA